GGGCGGCGGCGGCAGCAGCAGCAGCGCUGAGGGGGCGGCGGCGGCGGGCCCUGGGCCCCGAUCCGGCCUGGCCCGGCCAGACGCUGGGGGCGAGGAGAGAGUCCCGAAAGCAGCCCCUCGUCUGGGGAGGCGACGUGAAGGAAGGACUCUAUGCUCUAUUCAUUCAUGUGUGCAUACUGAGGUCAAAGUGCCAGCCACUGGAGCAGCAGCAGAAGUUAUAGGGACCUCUGUGUCUGGUGUACCAGCAACUGGAGAGACGGGAGCGAGUGAGGAUCUAAAUGCCAGCAACUGGAGUGGAGACCUGUAUUACCUUCAGGAGAUGGCCACUUCUAAGUCCUUGAUGAACCUUCUAACCUUCACUUUUGGAUCAGCAAUAGGAUUUUUCGUAUGCUAUCUUCUCUUUAGCCUUAUACUAGAAGAACAGGUUAAGAUCCAGCCUCAUAUCCUUCACAAUGAUCCACAUGGUCAACACUCGGCAGAUACCGAUAACAAUCAGCUGCAAGGACAAAUGAAUUUCAAUGCAGACUCUGGACAGCAUAAAGAUGAGAAUAAAAAUAUCGCAGAGGGAUUGUAUCAGAAGGUGAAAAUACUGUGUUGGGUCAUGACUGGACCUCAAAAUCUAGAAAAGAAAGCCAAGCAUGUUAAGGCCACUUGGGCCCAACGUUGUAAUAAAAUACUUUUUAUGAGCUCUGAGGAAAACAAAGACUUCCCGACUGUGGGCCUAGAAACCAAAGAAGGCAGGGACCAACUGUACUGGAAGACUAUUAAAGCUUUUCAAUACGUAUAUGACCAUUAUUUUGAUGAUGCUGAUUGGUUUAUGAAAGCAGAUGAUGAUACGUAUGUUAUAUUGGACAAUUUGAGAUGGCUUCUUUCAAAAUACAGUCCUGAACAACCAAUAUACUUUGGAAGAAGGUUUAAACCUUAUGUAAAACAGGGCUACAUGAGCGGAGGAGCAGGAUACGUUCUGAGCAAAGAAGCUCUGAAGAGAUUUGUUGCUGCAUUUAAAACAAACAAGUGCUCUCACAGUUCCUCAAUUGAAGACCUGGCAUUAGGAAAAUGCAUGGAGAUCAUUAAUGUAGAAGCAGGAGAUUCUAGGGAUACAAGUGGUAGAGAAACCUUUCAUCCCUUCGUUCCAGAACAUCACUUAAUCAGGGGAUACCUACCAAAAACAUUCUGGUAUUGGAAUUACAAUUAUUAUCCUGCUGUAGAGGGUCCUGGAUGCUGCUCCGAUCUAGCAGUUUCAUUCCACUACGUUGAUUCCGUGACUAUGUAUCAUUUGGAAUAUUUGAUUUAUCAUCUCCGUCCAUAUGGGUAUUUGUAUCGGUACAAUCCUGAUUUGGCAAAGAAUCCAGAAGAGCAGAGCAAAAAUGAAGCACUGGAGGAUAAUCAAAAGUUAACGCAAAAGAUUUCCGAGAAUUAAUUGGACUUUGAAGAAAACUAAAAGAAGCCAGUGCAAUGAAUAAGACUCUCCUCGAACUCCUGCAUGAAGCUUGUGGACUGAAAUUUCUCUUGGUGAUUCUUAUUUCAGAAAUCACGUUGGCGGUUCCUUUCACUGUCUGUGUACAACAGAGUCUGGUGCUGGCUCUGACUGUUUGGGAUGGCGUGACCUUGCAGCCCUACUCGUGAAGAUUUGGGGCCCUAAAGCUGUGAAAUAGGAGGUUGUUCUGGCACACUAAUAUCUGGAAGGAUUUGUGUAAAAACACCAUAGUAGAUGGGUUCAGAGAUAAUCAUACAGUAUUCUUGUUCCUUUUUUGGUCUCUGUUUUCUUCCAGAUGUUUUGUUAAGUCAAUUCUAAUAUUAGAGAUUGGAUGUUGCACAGCCACAUACUUCAUGAUGGCUUUCUCUUGUAUUCUUAAUGUCUUGAAGUUACUGUGUGUAACUUCCCCUAUAAGGAAGGGAGAGGGGUGAAAAUAGUGUCAAGUCUGCUUUGCCUUAACGACAGACUGGUUAUUAUGAAUAGGCAGAGAUCCACCCAAAGAGUAAUCUGAAUUGUUUCAGAAAUGGAAUUCACUGCUAUGAAUUAUUUUUAAAAUUUUUAAGUCUCUGUUGUACAAAACAAUAUGAAGUUGGAUCACUACUGGUUUAGGGAGAAACCCAGAAGUAGUUAGUAUUGUUUAAAUUGCUGAGGUGAUGCAAGCUGCUUACAGAUUUGCCUGUGGCUUUUUUUUUUUAAAUUAUCCUAUUGGUUGAAAGGAUAUAAAAAUUAAUCUCAGAAUUUCUCAGCAAAAGGUAGAUGCUUUUUGAAAUAGAAGUCUCUCUUCCAUCACAUCUUCCAUGUAAACCAGAGAGAGUAGUAUCUUAGCAAAGUUAAAAUGGCAUUAUAACAACUUGGGUUCAGCCAGUAUUAUAAUUAGUUUGUUUCCAUUUAAUUUUCACACCACUAUACUUUGAGAUUGUGGAGUUAAUUUAUUCAUUAAAAUUUUACAGCUACAAACAAAUCUUAUUUUAAAACUGCAGCAAAGCCGAUUUGACGGCAUCCCUACACAUUAGCUUAUUUGGCUCAAGUACUUCAUUUCACUUUUCUGAACACUUUUCCCUCACUUUUAAAAUUUCUUCUGUAUCUGCUUCUUGUUACCUUUUUCAGAAGAAAGUGUUAUAUACUCCUUAUUUCACUCUUUUUGAAGCUGAAGUAUAUAGUUAUUCAGGUAAGCCAGCCUGAAUGCAGGAAUCUUUCAAAGUGCAUUAACUUUCUCCACUACUUUAUGAGUAUCUCUGCCUCUUAACUGAAAACACUUUCUUGGUGUGGAACAAAAAUAGGUGUUUUAAUUACUGAAAAAUUUUCAGAGGCCAAGCCUAUGUUUUAUAUAGUUACCAUAAAACUUUCUUGUUUUCUCUUUUUCAAGUUGAGUGAGUAGCAGUAUGGGGGAUAGGGUUAAGCUUGACAUGUAGUGCGCCUAUUCCACGCUUGAACAAGAGUUUCUUCAUCUUUUUGUCACUUUUCACCUUCAUCAUAUUGAUGAAUUUGGACAUAACCUAAUUACCUCCAGUCAUUGCUUUGGAAAGGGCACAUACUGGUAGCAGACAGCCUUAUUUACUGCUGCUGUCCUUCAGGAUGUUCCUGGAAGAGGAUGUUACCAUGUAGUACUGGAAUUUUUUUUCCAAAGGUAGUUCUUGUACAGAUUGGGUUUCUAUCUGUUGUCCAACCAUAGAGUCUUGACUUUCUUUCUGACCAUUGCUCUGCAGCAUGAUGGCAAUUACUGAAAUAGCUCAUGGGCUUGAAAUAUUACAUACAUCUUGUCUGCCUGAAUGUAGGCAGGGUUCAUAUAUCGAGUGUUAGUUAAACAAAUAGUUCCUGCAGGGUUAAAUCUGUUGGUCUUUUAUGAGCAAGACUGCCUCUGAAGUACUGAAAGGGACAUGAGCUUUAGUUUAUGUUAAUUGACGUAAGUAGAAAAUUAUAACUGUAUUUGUUUAAAAAAAGGAAAAGGUCUCUAGUUUGCUCUAGUCAGACGGAUGCUUGUCCAGAGGAGAAUAUGUGGUACCAUGCUGGGAGGUGCUUCCUUCUGUGAGCUAAAUAUUUACCCCAUGUGCAACAAAAACCAAGAAUAUUGUGAAAUCUGUAUGGUACUGAUAACUCCAGUGGCAUUGUUCGAACAUGGAAUUAAAAUUUUCUGGAAUACUUAAGGAAGUUAUUAAAUGAGAUCAAGGUCCCAGCUUAAUCUCUUUGUAAAUUCAGCCCAUGUAGAAGACCUGCUGAACUACUGUACUGCUCCUUUAUUACUGCGUUCUUCAGAAGUUCAUCUGUGGGGAUUUAAAGAUUUUUCUUCCACAAUGGGCAGAACUAAUCUUGCCUAUUUUCUGCAGAAUUGUGUCCUAUGUUUGCUCUGUGCUGCCCUGUGAAGUAACAUAAUUUUCUCUUCAUGUUCCUGACUAUCCUGUCUUUGGGUUUUCAAUUCUAUCGUGCAUAAGUCUCAGCUGGACAAGAGGAGGCAGGUAGAGGUGCCUGAGCUCUGCACAGCUGUGGUUGCUGAGGUGGCAAGUCAAACCAGCCACUGCUGGGCUCGCAGUGAACCCUUUUCUCAGCAGCAGUUUUAAUUCUCAUCUGCUGCCCAGCUGUGCCUUGUGGGUUUAGCAGAGUGGGGCAGGAAUGUCCCUUUCCACAAAACUUGCAGGACCUCAGAGGGAAUGGAGAAAACCAGGAACAAGUUCCAUUUAUUGAGGAAAUAAGGCUAAGAACGUAGUACUUUGAUAAAUAGGUGGCCUAUCUGGAGAAAUCAGAGCAGCCUUGUCUUCAAACAUCCAUUCUUGCUUUGUUUUUAAGUGUCCUUGCUCUUAGGCCUCUGAAUCUGUUUCUUCUGCCUUUCUAACAGCACUGCAAAGAGAUUACUUUUUUCCUUCCAGACAAGCUAGAGAAGUAUUGGCUUUUACAUUCUGUGAUUUUAAGAGGACUGCAGUUCUCUGUAGAAUUGUAUUGCCAUAACAAUGAGCUGAAAUAAUUGGUUUGUAUCUCACUCCCUUCAAAAGCUUCAGUGGACGAGGUUGGAAUGUGAACAGUUAGUAUAAUUUUCAUGUACAAUAUUACACUACUAUUGGUCAUUUGUUAUUUCACUCUCAGGUCUUUGUGCUUUGAGAAAGUAUUUAUUGAGUUUGAGUAUUUCUGCAGCCCAAGGAGACUGCUGUAUUUCAGGUGGAAAGACCUUUGUGAAGCACAGCAGCGUAGGCUCUUGUAGGCUGUCCCGAUUAUUGCUCUGUGGCUUGACUUUGGUUUGUUUCUAAAAGAGGUUUCUUAAUUUUAUAAAACCUAAAAGCUUCUAUUGGCACCAUAGUGAUUCAAAUGACCCACCUAAAAUUUUUGAACUGGUUUUCUGGAAAUUACUAGGCAGCAGUUGUUUGCACUUGGAUGUGGGAAUGUCACUUAGUGUAACUGAGUAACGUUUUAGCCUGUGUUAAGUGGUUUUUAGCUCAGAAUGAGAAUGCCAAAAGUUACCUUCUGAUCACCGUUCUUAAUGAGAGGAUGGUAUUAAUCUGUGUCUGCAGAAGACGACCGAUUUUAAUCUUUCAUCCCCAGAUAGUUCUGGUAGUCUAUAUUGGUCUUGUUGAAGAGGUUAAAUGCUGGUCAUGUUGGUGCCAUCUCUCAUUUCGUGGAAGCUCUUUUCCCAGUAUGUUUUAACUUUAAGGACGCUUUCUCUGUUUUGCUUUGGUGGGCUAUAUAUUAAAAAUUGCUUUUUCUUCACAUGUUGCCAUUUGUUCUGUUACAUUUCCAGAAGUAUAAAUUUUAGUGAAUAGCUGAGAGACCUCUUAGAAGCAGUUUGCUACUAGAGCAAGGGGUUUUGUCUUGUACAACAGGAAGGUGCAGGUUAUUUCUCUGAUGUACCCACUACUGAUGUUGGCAGCGCACGCACAGGCGAAUUUAGAUCCCUCAAUCCAGGACCACUUGGAAAGGCAAUUUUGACCUUUUUCUGUCAAGAAAAACUUCUGUGGAACUCCAAAAGUGUAAUUUGCUUUGUUUUACCAUAUUGUAUUUAAAAUACUCCACAAAUGUUAUCAGUGCUCUAAAAGAAGUGAAGAUUGCUGCUGGACAGUAUGACCCGCUUGAAUCCUGUGAAUGUUUCACUCUGCAACUAUAGGUAGUCGUGUCCCUAAUGACAGGUGUAAGUUGGUGACUUGUCUGGAAUGAUCUCACCAUAAGGAUUUGUUUCUUAAAUACCUUUUUUGAAGUGCCUUUGACCAAUUUUUAGCAUCAAAAUUAAGUUGAGAAUUGAAUAAAUAAGUUAUCUUGUA